AUGUCCCCCUAUGUAACUACUAUUUUAACACUAAGUCUUUUUAUCGGAACCUGCCUAACUAUUUUCAGCGAGCACUGAUUCACAGCCUGAAUAGGAUUAGAAAUCAACACAUUAGCUAUCAUUCCAAUAAUAACAACCCCCAAAAAUCCACGAGCCACUGAGGCCGCCACAAAAUAUUUCCUCACACAAUCUACUGCCUCUAUAGUAAUAAUAUUUGCCAUUAUUUACAACGCUUGAUCAACAAACCAAUGAACCUUAAUACAACUUUCAGAUAAUUGAGCCUCCAUCGCAAUAACCUUAGCUCUGGCUAUCAAAUUAGGUCUUGCCCCUUUCCACUUCUGAGUGCCAGAAGUAACACAAGGAAUUCCACUACUAACAGGAAUAAUUCUUUUAACAUGGCAAAAACUUGCCCCCACUGCUAUUCUCUUCCAAAUCGCCCCUCACCUAAACAUAAAAAUCCUAAUUAUACUAGCGAUCCUAUCUACCUUAGUGGGAGGUUGAGGAGGCCUUAACCAAACCCACCUACGAAAGAUUCUAGCUUACUCCUCCAUUGCUCACAUAGGCUGAAUAAUUAUUAUUGUACAAAUCAACCCUACUCUAACCAUCCUAUCACUUACUAUUUAUAUCAUAGCUACCCUAACCAUAUUUCUGACACUUAACCUAUCAAACGUUACCAAAAUUAAAUCCUUAGGAGGUCUAUGAAAUAAAUCCGCCACAACAACCAUCAUCAUCCUACUUACUCUUCUAUCCUUAGGAGGCCUACCUCCCCUCACCGGUUUCAUACCCAAAUGACUUAUUUUACAAGAACUAAUCAAUAAUAACAACAUCAUGACCGCCACACUAAUAGCCCUAUCCGCCCUACUAAACCUCUUCUUCUACAUACGACUUAUCUAUGCAUCCAGCCUCACUAUAUUUCCAUCUACCAAUAACUCUAAAAUACAAUGAUACAACAAUCCAACACAAAUUACUAUACUAAUCCCAACAACAACAGUAAUCUCCAGCCUCUUACUUCCCCUCACCCCACUAUUUAUUACACUCUCCUAA